AUGACCAAGACGUCGCAUGCAAAGAUGGAGCGCAUGCUAAAGAAAUUUAUCCAUGAAGUCCGUACUGGUGUACGAGAUGGAUCGACCGUAUCGAGUAUCGCUGAUUCGCACGUGCCAAGCGAGAAAGAAGCUUGGGAAGAGAUUCGGAGAGAGCUGCAGAGUGUUGGGAUUACGGUCGAGCUGUUCGUCUAG